AGAAUGAAGAGAAUAUGUCAUGCGGUUCGUAUAUUUUGGAAAGUCACAAUCCCAACAUUUAUUUGUGAAGAUUGGUUUUAUGAAACCUCAAAGGAGGAUGGAAUUGCAAUAUCAUUAACAAGCAAAAUAAUAGUAAUAUUGAGAGAUAGAUAAGUAAAUAAUACAAAAAUAAGAUAAUAUUCCAUCUGGAUUUUUUUUUUCUAAGCUCGAUUUUUUUUUUUUUAUUACAAUCAUAUUCUGAGUAAACAUAUCGCAUUACUUAAAAAUGAAAACGCCGCUUUUACAAAUUGACUAUUAUAGUUAAACAUUUAAUAAUUAUCAUGAUUAAAAUUGAUUUCUAUAAUCUGAACUAAUUUGCUGCACUUUAAAAGCAAUUUUCAUUCACACUCAAAGCAACUGCGGAGCAAUUUUUUUCAACCGCACUAUAUAACUUUGCAACACUUUAUUUAUGCACAGUAUUCUUAACGGCUUAUGCGGGACGCUGCCAGACGUGUUAACCAAACAGAGUAGUUCUCGUACCGCAUCUUUCUACAAGGGAAUAAACACAUCUCCAUUUCUCGCUCACUUUAGAACGGAGCGGAACGCACAAGUGACAGACGGAGUGCGUGGGGAGGCGUUUUAUCCGAAGAAUUUCUGCGUCUCUUGUGGUUGUUUAUGACUGAUAUUCGGUCGUUGUGUUUCGGAAAUUUUAUGAACAAGGAUUUCUGACCAUGUUUCAUGAGAGAGAAAUUCGUGCAACUGGCUACGGGGAGGCAGUGAGCGCCGACGGAUACGGGUACAUGAGAUACGUCGACUGCAACUCGGCUCUCGCUCUCCUCGGCUUCAUCCUCUUCGUCGACAUUCUUAGGGACAUCGUGGAGUACGUGACGACGGGGCGGCGGCGGAGGCGGUGGGCGCCGUCGGGCGGCGCGUGGGCGGGUGGGCGCCCCGAGGCGGGCCUCCUGGACUUCAUCGCCGGCGGGGGCGUCGAGCGCCUGCAGCAGAGGCUGCCGGGGAUUGUCGUGCCGCUGCUGGAAGGCUGGUGGGAGCUCAGUGACCCGGAAGAACCAAGGGGCUGCUUGCAACAGAGCGUCUGCCAGGCCAAUGCUGUGCUGGCGCGUGACUACGGGGGUGCAGGAAGGGUCAUUGCAACGUUGAUAAGCAACGUGGGCAGCCGCGUGUUCUCAGGGUCCGACCCGCUGGCGAUGCGCGGAACCCUGGACGCCGCGAGAACAGGACGACGAAGGAGGGAGGCCUGUGAGGUGGCCUUCCCCUCCUGCCCUGGCCUGCGUCCUCGCCACCAGCAGCAGCGCUAUUCCAACGCCACUUGGCCACUGGAGUCGACUCCUCUGCGGGCUGGGAAGAAGGAGAAGGAGAGGAAAGGGGGGAAGAAGAAGAAAAAGACGGAGGAAGAAUGGGUCUUGAAUGCGCUGUAUGAGUGAGGGUCCUGCGUGGUGUUGAGAGCUGCGCGCGGUGGGAGAAGUACAAGGGCAUUCUGAGUGUGGUGUGUUGAUGUGAUUUUGUUUUCCUCCUCUCUCUCUCUCUCUCUCUCUCUCUCUCUCUCUCUCUCUCUCUCUCUCUCUCUCUCUCUCUCUCUCUCUCUCUCUCUCUCCUUUUCUCUCUCUCUUUCUCUCUCUCUCUCACACACAGCAUCUUUUCCUCCUUCUUCUUCUAUUCCCUCGUACUUAAUUAAUUUGCCCCAUAACGCGAGGAACAAUUUCAUGGGCAUUUUUCCGGAAUAUGUAAAUAUACUUAAAUGUUUAUUCCUAAUAUAUAAUGUACAGACAUCAUUUAAUAAUAAUCAGUGAUAUUUAACA